AUGUGUGAAAAGCCGCCUACUUACAACGUCAAGACACCAAAGCCGGAGGAAAAAGAAGAUAUUAAACUGAUAAUAUUAGGAGAUACAAAUGUUGGCAAGACAUGUCUGAUUCAACGAUACCUCACUGGGGAGUUUGCUGAGACAGUUGCUGAUACAGCUGGUGAAGAGAAGUAUGCUAAUUUGAGUUCAUUCUAUUGUCGUGGUGCUCAUGUAGCAAUACUAGCUGUUGACUUAACAAAUAAAAAAUCGCUUGAAAAACUUCAACAAGUUUUCAUUCCUAUCCUCGAGCAACAAGCUCCUACAUGUAUGACUGUUGUUGUAGGCACUAAACUGGAUUUAAUAAAAUCUCAAGGGCGACAGAUUGGUGCCUCCGAAGGUAAAUCCUUUGCAGUGUUACAACAUAAAAAGCAGUUAGAGAAAGCUUUAUUACAGAACCCUAGCUCCUUUCUAGCAAAAGUCCAAGGCCAUGAGUCUUAUUUCGAAACUAGUUCUAAAAGUGGAGAAGGUGUGACUGAUUUAUUUCAAUAUAUCGAGCGCAUCAUACUUGCACAGUUGCAGAAAACACAACCAUCAUCAACUACCACCCAAUCUAGUAAAACUAGAACUGCAAGUAAGUCUGGAAAACCAGAGAGUAUAAUUCGAUUGGAUGAUCCUCCACCUCCACCUAGUCAGGAGUCUGGUUGUUGUAAGAAUUAA